AUGUUAGGAGCAGUGGUGUUUAUUUUAUUACCAUGUGUAUUACGUGCCUCGCUCAACUGUCAUGGAGUCGGCUGUACAGGCGCUACGAGAAUCUCUGGAGGAGCUGUAGUUGAAAAGAAUUCCAGGCCUUUUCAGGUGGCUCUGUAUUUGCGUGUGGGAACAACAGGAGAGUUGGGAUUUUGUGGGGGCUCUCUGAUACAUCAAGAAUGGGUAAUAACAGCUGCGCACUGCUGUUUCCACGACGAAGAACUUGUAGAUAAUGUGCAGGCAAUUCUCGGAGCACAUUCCCUAUACGACCGCUAUGAGAAUGGAAGAAGGAUCGUCAACGUUAACGAGAUCGUGGUGCACCCAGACUGGGAUCCAGACACCUUUAACAAUGACGUGGCGCUUAUGAAACUCGCUACAAAUAUACAGCUGACAGAUACCAUAGACAUAGUUCGUUUGCCGUACCUACAUACAGAACAGUACAACUUCGCCGGGAUGGCAGGUACUAUCUCUGGUUGGGGUAUUGUUGCUGAAAGUGUAUCAUUCGUGGCUCCGAUACUUCGGGAAAAAUUGAUGACGGUGAUACCGAAUAGUGCAUGCAAUGUUUCGUAUUUCAACCAGCUGCCUUCAAGUAUUGUUUGUGGUAGCUCGGAUACAGGAACUUGUAAGGGUGACAAUGGUGGUCCAAUGACUAUUGAAUUCAAAUUGCACUGGGACCAAGAAGAUGCAGAAACGAUACUGAUCGGAGUGGCAUCGUUUAUGAGCAACACCGGGUGCAACGGUAAUGUACCAUCAGUAUUUACCCGCGUGCAGCUCUACCUCCAGUGGAUCAGUGAUGUGACAGGCAUACAACUUGAUUAA